AUGUCUACUACCACAGGAAACUGUCUAUGCGGUGCCUGCGCCUAUUCAUACACCGGAGAUCCAGCCGUCAAGGCAAUCUGCCACUGCCAAACCUGCCGCAAGAUCUCCGGCGGGACAAACACAGUGAACUUCGGCAUCCCAGACUCAAACUUCACCGCGACAAAGGGCGAGCCCAAGACAUUCGAAGCUGUGCACGAGACCGGGAUGAAACUGACCGUCUUCUUCUGUCCCGAGUGCGGGAGUACUCUCUGGAAGGAAGCUAAUGGGGAUCUCUUCAAGGGCAUGAAGCUAGUUCAGGCGGGGACGGUGUCCGAUGCAGCGGCGCAGCUGGCGAAGGGGGUUGAUGUCGAGUUGUGGGUUACGGAGAGGGUCCCUUGGUUGCAGGCGAUUGAUGGUGUGGCCCAGAAAAGUCAGUUCUAA